AAGAGCGGAGAGAGGCGGCGGCGGUGUCACCACCACCAACACGAGAACUGCGAUGGCGGAUGGCGGCGACGGCGGCGCCGGCUAUCUGAACAACCACAUCUCCUCCUCCACAAGAACUGCGGCGGCGGAUGGCGGCGGGGAAGACGUCGUGGGGGGUAGCCCUCCGCCGUUCAAAAUCCGCAAGCUGGGCGCUCCGGGUACGAGUUCAGUUGAGGCUUUGGAUCAGUGUGAGGCCAUGGCUGCCAGGGACGGCAAGAUCGGCGAGCGGAUGAAUUCGGAUGAGGUACACGGUGAGCAUGAGGACAAAACCGCCAUUCAGUCGAUGCCUGCCAGAGGCGAGCAUGUGGACACAGAGAUGACCCAAUUCAAGUGCGGCGAGGUUGCGGAUGAUGAGCUUCACAAGGACAAGAUCAAGAACAAGACGAGCCCGGAGGAGAUGGACCGAGGCAAAACAACUAGCUCCAUCUCCGAGCUGGAGAUCGAGCGGCUCUGUGUGCAGAUGGACGAGAUGGCGUCUUUAAUGAGAUACAGGAUCAAACCAUCAGCCCCACUCUGCAGCAGCAGCAGCAGCCUUGAGACUGAAGAUCAGCCCGUGAUCGACGGCAUCAGAAAAGAGUUGUCUGAUCUGCAGGGCAGCAUGUCCAAGCUCAAAUCGCAACUGAAACCUUUCUGGCACACCUACCCGUAUGAGGAGGAUUAUGUGGCGCCGGAGGAGGAGAAGAAUCCCAAGGAGAAGGCAAGGAAGCAGAUGGAGGAUGAUCAGGAGGUUUAUGAUUCCUACCUUCAAGACCUUGAAUCUAAAGUUGGACACUUUGGAUACGCAACCCUAGUGAGCCCCAUGCACUUUACACACUACACACCCAGACAGGUCCAAUCCGAUUAUACUACUCGUGGGAUCACCUUGCAGAUCUUCUCCUUCAAGAUUGCCAACAUCAGUUUGGACCUGGAAUGGCCACUCCUGCAUUGGCCACUCAAAGUGUACGGCGUCGUCGCCGCACGAGACAGUGUGGAUCGCAAGCGCAACGUUCUCUUCCACCGGCUAAGGGACAACUUCCAAGAGAUCACCGAAAAAGACCCCUUUCUGUGCUUGACUGGCCCAUCUCGUGCAAUCUCAGCAGAAUCCCCUCUUGAGUUUGAAGUCCAACUAAAACUCAAGGGCGGCGAAGCAAAGUCUGAAGACAGCGUGUUGAUCAAUAGAAAAGGCCAUUACAAUGGUUAUGAUACCCAUAAUGGUUUAUAUACUGUCACCUUUGACAACUGUCUUUGCACAGCCGAGUUAAGCCUGCAGAAACUGUAUCGUGGAGCAGUACAAGCCACUUUCUUGCGUGUCGGCAUUGUUAAAGGCAGUCAAAGCCCUUUCAGUUAUGGAGGCAGAGUUGCUUGCUCCUCACCACCUCAGAAAGAUGGUAGAGGCCCUGCCACUCCCACCCAAGUUGUAUUGCUUGAUUCUCGUUAUUGUGCUGGCGGGAAGAUGCCAAUAGGCGAAGAAGAUGGUUACCUUGAUCUGUCAAGGCAUGUUGUUUCUGUUGAAUUACGGACAGUGAGUGUAGAUUCUGAAGAAUUGGAAGAAACCCUGAAAGUUGUCAUAGAAGCCUACUCUCCCGGUGGUUAUGUGCAAGCUCAUGUCAUGGUCAGGCCUCAAUAUUGCGGCAUAAGUAAGCAUAAAUGUGACCUCAACGGCUCUAAGGUGAAGAUUACCAUUGCUUGGUCACCUAUUGUUAGCAGUGCUCUCACCAGAAAGGUUAUUCUGUGAGAGGGAUAUGUUCGAUGGUGCUCAAGUAUUUGAUCAGCUAUGUAAGAUGUGAACCUAUUGCUGUAUCGAUCUGUUAUGUAAUAUAUGUUUGACUGUGUGUA